AUGGUGGUGUCUACACGACAGGGCCUGGUAGGGUCAUCUCCAGCGAAUGGCGCAGAUGGGGCUACAGCCGGCAAGAGGAAAACUCGAGCGACGAGAUCUGAUAGCCAAUCGAAUAAACGGAGGAGAAUGGGCGAGGAAGAGUCUGAAAUUCCGCAAGAUAAUGUUGUGGUGGAGAUGCCGCUGAGACGGAAAGCUGCAGAGGACGAUGAGGUACCAGAGACGCAAGAAGCAAAUGACGAGAGCAAUGGUAUAGCGACAACCGAUGAACCGCAGAACACGGCGUCGAACGAUGUGCCUGUGAAAAAUCACAUUCGAUUUGAUAGUGAGGAGCCUACACCGGUUCCCAAAGAGAUCGAUGAAAUCCCAGAAACUCAAGUCGUUCCACCCGAAGAAGAGUCGAGCGAUGAUGAUGAAGCGCCUGAGGUGGUCGACAAUUCGGCGCAAUUGCUAUCGCUCAAAGUACAGGCGCAGAAGCAGGAAAAAGCAAGAAAGAGGGACGAAAAUCUACGAAAACAGAAACGUAAAUUGCAAGACGAGAGAAAUAAAUCACAAGCAAAAGCCACGAAAAAACCCAGGCCAGAAAAGCAAAACCCAUCCGCAACUCGUCCUUCAGAACCAUCUCUAGGACAAGACGACGAUUUAGUUUCAGAAAGCACAGCAACUCUACAGGGAUCUGUCGUGCGAGAAUCUGGGCGCCUGGCUCUCCCUGCUCUAUUACCGGAAGAAAUUCUAAAUGCCGAAUCAGUCUAUCGGCCACCCACCCCAGAGCCGGAGCAAAAGCCAAAAAGCACUAAAUAUCACAAAUUCUUCGACGAUGUGGAAAAACCUGUCAAGGAUUUGCAUCGCGGGGACGUGACUAUCCGGGUUCUCGAGGAUAAGAAAGUAAUGCUGCCACCAAAAAGCUUAACAGCAGGACGGGACUUGAAGGCGGCAUGGAUGAGUGGUCAGCGAAGGAAGAAAGCCCCUAUAGGACUCAAGCGAGUGUCUAGUCGUCCACAGGGCUUUUUACGGCGAUAG